CAGGUCCAUUCUGCAAUUCCCAUACAAGUGGACAGACAAAACCAAUAAGCCUCAUACUUUGCCACAACAUUUGUCAAGCAGGAAAACCAUAGGGGGCAAUGCCCAUGAAAAUUGGAGCUUGAUAAGAUUGCUCCCAUUUCUAAUUGGCCCCAAGAUUCCUGAACAUGAGCCCGUAUGGCAGGUUUUGUUGGAUCUAAAACAGAUUGUUGAGCUAGUGGUUUCCCCAGUUCACAGUGAUGAGUCUAUUGCCUACCUUGACAGCAAAAUUUCAGAUCAUCGACAAAGGUUUCAAGAGCUGUUUCCAAACAAAAAAUUGCUGCCCAAACACCACUACAUAGAACAUUACCCACAACUAAUACAGUUUUUUGGUCCUCUCGUGGGACUUUGGACCAUCAGGUUUGAGGCAAAGCACAGUUUCUUUAAAAAAAUUAUUAAACACACCAGUUGCUUUAAAAAUGUGCCUCUGUCUCUGGCUGUGAAACAUCAGUUAAUGAUUGGUUAUCACUUGUCAUCUCCAAAUAUUGACAAACCAGUGCUGGAUGUGUCAGAUGUAUCCACUGUCCCAUUAGAUGUUUUGAAGGAAGAGCUUGCUCAAGCUUUUAAACAGAAAGCUGCUGAUGUUUCUGAAAUAAACCUUGCAAAAAAUGUUUGGAGCAAGGGAAUAAACUACAGGCCAGGUAUGAUACUGCCAUAUGGUUCUGAGGGUGGCUUGCCUGAAUUUGGGGAGAUCCAUCAAAUGUGCAUUUUGCAGCAGAGACUAUUUUUUGUGUUGAAACUGCUUUGUGGAUGGUAUUGUGAGCAUUAUGGGGCCUUUCAGCUGACUCCAUCUCCAGCACGAGAAUCUGCUCUUGUGGAAAUAUCUGAACUGGUUGAUGAGUAUCCACUGGCUUUCUAUGUUGUUGGGGGUGUGCGGAUGGUGACCUUAAAGAGAUCAAUCUGUGUGUUCAGAGAGUGAAGUGAGACCAUGACAACUCAAGCUAUUCUCAGAGUUAUCCUUGGACCAGACAAUAGUCAGAGGGUCACAUUUUCUGCUGGUCUGCCGUCAACUGUGGCUGAACUGGAGACUAACAUAAAAACUCAGUGUCAAAUAAUGGAACCCUUCCGACUGCAGUUCAUGGACGCAGUUUUUGGCAACGAGUUUAUGAACCUAAUUUCAAUUGAAGAAAUACAAGACAAAGCAACACUCAAAGUUGUGUACACAUCCUGCCAACCUCAAGACCAAGGUGAACACAGUUUCUCCUUUCCAUCAACCAGUGCUCCUGAUGACACCUCAUUCUCUUCUGGUGACAGCACCCUGAUUAUUUCAUCUCCAGAAUCUACAUCGUCACGGGCUUCAUGGCCAGAUUUGUUCUGUGUUCCCCGUUUCACAUAUGAUGCGGAAAUUAAGCUUGAGAAGGCCAACAAGGCUUUCAGGGAAAAUGGGAUGCUGCUGAUCCCUGAUCCUAAGUUAAAGUCAGACAUAUUAGAGGGGUUGAUCCAGGAGGUAGUCAAGCACUCAGUCUAUCUUACAGACAGUAAGUUUGACCAAGUUGCCGAGGCACUCAUCCUGAAGCAUCCAUGUCUACAAUCAAAAGGCUCACCCACUGGCUACGAAGGAUGGAAGAUGAGCCUCAAAUACAAGUUGUCAAACUACCGCACACAUCUACGGAAAGUAGGAUGUCCUGAAGUAUGUGUGAAUUCAUUGAAAAAUAAACCAGCUGCGAAACGUUGCCCUGCUUUUAAUGUUAAGAGACCAAAAAGGGGUGAAGUAGAAUACUGUCCCUCUUUUCCACUCGGAGAAAGUGCCCAGUCCCUAGAGAAGAUGAGGAUCGAACUCCUUUCAGAUGUCAAGAAGCGCAACAACAAAGAGACCAUUAGGGCUAAAAUGGCCAGAACAUUUGCAUUAAGAAGACAGGAAGUCAUUUGUGAUGCUCCCAUGAUUAGCGAGGUACAAGAGAGAUGGCCAGCUCUUUUUGAUGCAGGGGAGAUAAACGCGGAGUUCAAGCGCCUCACAACCAUACCUCUACAGUCAAGGUUUCUGUCGCAGCUUGACCUUCUCUCUCAAAGUCUGCUGAGAAUGUUUGAAAAUCGAUCGGGGGAGCAGGGAAAAAAGCUGAAGGACAUAGCUGCCACGAUGACAGAUGACAUUGAUGCUGGAAGGGAGCACCUCAUUAAAGGAAUCUGCAUCUACCUAAAUGAGAAUCCCGACGUAUUGGUGCAGGAGUACAUGGACGUGACUGAGACUGCUGCACUGAGUGCCAUCGAGAAAACAACAGUGGGAAUCUACGUCACCAGAGAGACACCAGGCAUUGACAUUUCUGAUGUUGGCAUCAUCAUCGAGGGUGUGGUAGUUCUACAAGAUUUGGAUAACGUGGCCCUUGCAACCGCCAUGCUGUUUGGACUUUUUUACUCCUUGAACAUGAAGUAUCCAUCACAGCUCCGCUACACUUUCGAGGUGAUUCAAAAGGUGGUAAUGGAGUUGGAUAUGACUCAACUCUCAAGAAAAGCCCAAAGCUUCAAGACAAAACUACUCCAGUAAGGAGAGCUCACUGUUGUGCAAAUGUAAGGCAGUGCAGGCUGAAUUCAUGGCCGGUUUGAAGGCAGUGUUAAAACAGUUUUAUACAUUUCUAUUGUUCUAACUGUUUAUUUUACAUGUUUAAUAAUUUAAAGGCAGUUGCCUCAAAAUGCAUACAUAUAUACACACACACACACAUAUGUGUAUUGCUGUACGUACACUUGGUGGUAUAUGCCAUAGUUGGAGAGAUUUUAUUCAGAAAACCUAAAAGAUGGUUUAGUUUAAUUCUGUAAAGAUUUUUUGAAUACUGUUAUUACUGUUGAACCAAGAUGCCACAAUAAGGUCAGUGUUGGAAUUUUUGACCCUCGCUGCACUGCUGAUUAUCUGCUAUUAUGGCUCUUGAAUAAAGCUUUUGAUACGAAACUAUCCAUUUUUAUUAUUAUUUGGGGUAACAAUGAGUCAUGUAAAUGAUUAAGAGAGCUAAUAGAAAGGAUAGACAUUAAAAUAAGUGAUUUCUGGAAAUGCAAUGGUAACAUUUUUUGAUCAAUCAAAUUGUUUACAAUUUUUAUUUAAUUCAAUCUUGACAAUUGAGGCCUUGAACAGAAUGUUUGUAUUGUUGUCUUCCAAGAUGGUUGUCUAACCUUUUUCAAAAGAAAAGGUACAAUUUCUAUGUUGUGAUUGAGUGGGUAAACCACUGAAAACUGAUAUUACUUAUUCACUGUUGGUUUGUAUCACAGUAGAACAGUAAUGUCAGUUCAGUUGUUUACUUCCUGUCACUGCAGUGAAAUUAGACAUUUUGCUUUAAAAGGUUACAGGCAACCAUAUUGAAAGAGAACAAUACAGAUAUCUGUUUUUGGCCUCCAUUGUAAAAUUAUGUAAUACUAACAUAUAACAUGAAAAAAUAACAUGUAGACUAUAAGUGACCAAAUAGUGUUGCAGUAAAAGUAUUGAAUAGUGUUGGAAUAAAGUGAUCAAAUUGUGAAGUAUUAAAA